AUGAGCUCCUCCCUCGAGGCUAAAAUCGUCGUUUUAGGCGCACAAGGCGUCGGAAAAACCUCUCUCGUCCACCGCUACGUCCGUAACUCCUUCAACGAUAACACAACCUCCACCGUCGGUGCCUCCUUCGUGACAAAACGCGUCCUGGACACAACAUCCGACACGGUUGUCCGUCUACAAAUCUGGGACACAGCAGGUCAGGAACGCUUCCGCAGCAUCUCGCGUCUGUAUUACCGCGGCGCGCACGCGUGUCUCCUGUGCUAUGACAUCACCGACGAGAACUCAUUCUCGGAAAUGGCCGGCUGGCUACGAGAGUUGAGAAAGAACCUGGGAUCAGAGGGCGAUGAUGAGACCGGCGCUCCACCUUUGGUUAUACAUGUUGUGGGGACGAAAUCCGAUAUCGUUGCCAUGGAGCCCUCGAAACGGAGGGUUCCCUUCGAGAGGACGAUCGCCUACGUAGCUGAGCAGCUUUAUCCGACCCGCGCGUCGACACCGCCGCCUUCCGCUGGGAUGGGCAUGGGGCUUGGGUUCGGCUCGGGUGUCUUUGGGGGCGCGAAUUCCGGGGCGGGUGUGAGUGCAGUUGCGGCUGGUAGCGCGGGCAGCGUGGGGGGAAUGUCGACCGGCGCACUGCAGAGUCCGGAUAGUAAACGGAGCUCUGCGUUCUGGGGCCAGGAGAUUGGCUGGGAUUGUUGUCAUGAGAUCUCGGCCAAGGAUGGCGAGGGCAUCGAGGAGGUUUUCCGGGUCAUCACGCGGAAGUUGGUGGAACAGAGGAACAAGCGGGAUGCUGAUGCUUUGCUCAGUGUUGCGGGUACGCCUGGUCUGACACCUGGUCUUAAUGGUCCCUUCACGCCUGGGAGUAAUUUUGAUGGAACUGGAAGCUUUCGGCUUGGAUAUGGGGAUAAGAGGAGGAGCUGGUUGGGACUCGCGACGCCUAAUGCUGGAGAAGUUGAGGAGGCUCGAGUCAUGCAGACGGCUCAGCGACGUGGAAGAUGCUGCUGA